GGGAAGUAAACUUACUUCCGGGGUCCUUCUGACGGCGGGAAAGGCUGCUAACUAGCCUAGUUCUGAUUGUUCUGUUACUGAAACUAUUAAUGUGUAUGUCCGCUUAAUGCAUCGAAACCAAAGGAGUUUUACUGUCACGAAGAUAUUAAACAUAGAGACACAAAAGCGAACAAGAAUUUAAGGUUGGUUUGCGAGUUUUAAGAUUUCUUAGCACCAUUAGCUGCUUGUGCUAAGAUGUCAUUAGCCACGGCUAACGUUAGCCGCCUAGCUAACCACACUGUAAAGAUGUCAACUGGCAAAAAAAUGAGGAAGAGGAAGCUCCCUGACGAAAAUGCAGACAAAGUCUUUGAAUUUUCUCUGGAUGGGAAGAACACUCUGAGUGGGUCUGAAGACGAUCUGAGAGAGGGCAAUGAAGCUGAAAGUGUGGACAAAUCCACAAAGAAAAGACAAUCUGCUGACUUAAAAGAGGACAAUGCAGCCUGUGCUGUUGUUGGGAAUGAAGUGCAUUCAAUGUUGGAGCGCUUUGGAGCUGACAUCAGCAAGGUGAUGCAGGCCAAGAGAAAGCGUCUGGAAAGUUUGACCAAGACUUAUGUGAAUGGAAGUCAGCAGAAACUGGAGCAACUCUGGAACACCUACCACAGCCAGAGGCAGAAAAUGACUCAGGAGUACUCUCAGCAGGUGUCGACAGUGCUUCAGCAGUGGGAGACUGAAGCUCAGCGAGUGGACGAGCAGGAGGAGAAACUCAACGAUCUGCUCAGACAGCAGCAGAAGAUCCUCCAACAGGCCAAAAUGCUUCAGAAUAAGAAACUGGUGGCAGUUCGUGAGCUCUACGACCAGUUUGUCAAGAACAUGGAGGAUAUGGAGAAGAGCCAAGAGGGCUUCCUGCAGGGGGCACAACAAGUGCUGAGGAAGGAGAUGGCCACCUUGCAGAAGAAGAUCCUCAUGGACACGCAACAACAGGAAAUGGCCUCCGUGCGCAAGUCGCUGCAGAGCAUGCUGUUCUAGCCUGCUGCUACCCUAGCAAUGAUGGUAUAAUGUUUAGACUGUUUGACUUCUUGUGAACUCUUUCAGUAUGUUACAAAUUAUAUAAAAGUUUUAUUCAGUUUGAAUAGAACAGCAGAGCGGCCUCUAGGUGACGCUACGUUCAAAGUCGAAAAACUUGGAAAUGGAAAGUUCGACUGAAAAAAUACUUGUGUGAAUGAAAGCUACAAUAAAAUGUUUGUAUACCUCCUAA